GCGCGGUACUAGCGGUGCCCGCCGAAGGGGGAGGAGGCGAGGAGCAAGCCGUGCGGCCAGAGCGGGAAAGAGACUCGUCUUUGCGUCCGAGUUCUGGAACCGCCGCACCCCGGCUCCUGGGGCUGCGGCAGCGGCUGCGAGGGGACGGGCGUCUGCUGUCUCCUGGGUUCCCCUCGUAGCGACCCGCGGGAUCGGAAAAAAGGAGAAGAUGGAGGAGGAGGGCGGCAGCAGCGGCAGCGCCGCGGGGACCAGCGCUGACGGCGGUGACGGGGGAGAGCAGCUCCUCACGGUCAAGCACGAGCUGCGGACUGCUAAUUUGACAGGCCAUGCAGAGAAGGUGGGGAUAGAAAAUUUUGAGCUCCUGAAGGUCCUAGGAACUGGAGCUUAUGGAAAAGUAUUUCUAGUUCGUAAAAUAAGCGGUCAUGAUACUGGAAAGCUGUAUGCCAUGAAAGUUUUGAAAAAGGCAACAAUAGUUCAAAAGGCAAAAACCACAGAGCAUACAAGGACAGAACGACAAGUCCUGGAGCACAUUAGGCAGUCGCCAUUUUUGGUGACAUUACAUUAUGCUUUCCAGACAGAAACCAAACUUCAUCUCAUUUUAGAUUAUAUAAAUGGUGGAGAACUUUUUACUCAUCUUUCUCAAAGAGAGCGUUUCACAGAGCACGAGGUGCAGAUUUAUGUUGGAGAGAUUGUGCUUGCCCUCGAACAUCUCCACAAGUUGGGGAUUAUAUAUCGUGACAUUAAGCUUGAGAAUAUUCUACUUGAUUCUAAUGGCCAUGUAGUGCUGACAGAUUUUGGUCUGAGUAAGGAGUUUGUGGCUGAUGAAACUGAAAGAGCAUAUUCCUUUUGUGGAACUAUUGAAUACAUGGCACCAGAUAUUGUCAGAGGGGGAGAUUCAGGACAUGACAAGGCAGUUGAUUGGUGGAGUUUAGGUGUUCUAAUGUAUGAAUUACUAACUGGAGCAUCUCCUUUCACUGUUGAUGGAGAAAAAAAUUCCCAAGCUGAGAUAUCUAGGAGAAUAUUAAAAAGUGAGCCUCCAUAUCCCCAAGAAAUGAGUGCUUUAGCUAAAGACCUAAUUCAGCGUCUUUUGAUGAAAGAUCCCAAGAAGAGAUUGGGAUGUGGUCCACGUGAUGCAGAUGAAAUCAAAGAACAUCUCUUCUUUCAGAAAAUAAAUUGGGAUGAUUUAGCCGCCAAAAAAGUGCCCGCACCAUUUAAGCCGGUCAUUCGAGAUGAAUUAGAUGUGAGUAACUUUGCAGAAGAGUUCACAGAAAUGGAUCCCACUUAUUCUCCCGCAGCCCUGCCCCAGAGCUCUGAGAAGCUGUUUCAGGGCUAUUCCUUUGUUGCUCCUUCCAUCCUAUUCAAGCGUAAUGCAGCUGUCAUAGACCCUCUUCAGUUUCACAUGGGAGUUGAACGUCCUGGAGUGACAAAUGUUGCCAGGAGUGCAAUGAUGAAGGACUCUCCAUUCUAUCAACACUAUGACCUAGAUUUGAAGGACAAACCACUGGGAGAAGGUAGUUUUUCAAUUUGUCGGAAGUGCGUGCAUAAAAAAAGUAACCAAGCUUUUGCAGUCAAAAUAAUCAGCAAAAGGAUGGAAGCCAAUACUCAGAAGGAAAUAACAGCUCUGAAACUCUGUGAAGGACACCCCAAUAUUGUGAAGUUGCAUGAAGUUUUUCAUGAUCAGCUUCACACAUUUCUGGUGAUGGAAUUUCUGAAUGGGGGAGAACUGUUUGAACGCAUUAAGAGAAAGAAGCACUUCAGUGAGACGGAAGCCAGCUAUAUCAUGAGGAAGCUUGUUUCAGCUGUAAGCCACAUGCAUGAUGUUGGAGUGGUGCACAGAGAUUUGAAACCUGAGAAUUUAUUGUUCACCGAUGAAAAUGACAAUUUGGAAAUUAAAAUAAUUGAUUUUGGGUUUGCACGGCUAAAGCCACCGGAUAAUCAGCCCCUGAAGACUCCAUGCUUCACCCUUCAUUAUGCAGCCCCAGAGCUCUUGAAUCAGAACGGCUACGAUGAGUCCUGUGACCUGUGGAGCUUGGGCGUCAUUUUGUACACAAUGUUGUCAGGACAGGUUCCCUUCCAAUCUCAUGACCGAAGUUUGACGUGUACCAGUGCAGUGGAAAUCAUGAAGAAAAUUAAAAAGGGAGAUUUCUCCUUUGAAGGAGAAGCCUGGAAGAAUGUAUCCCAAGAGGCUAAAGAUUUGAUCCAAGGACUUCUCACAGUUGAUCCAAACAAAAGACUUAAAAUGUCUGGCUUGAGGUACAAUGAAUGGCUUCAAGAUGGCAGUCAGCUGUCCUCCAAUCCUCUGAUGACUCCGGAUAUUCUAGGAUCUUCAGGAGCUGCCGUGCAUACCUGUGUGAAAGCAACCUUCCAUGCCUUUAACAAAUACAAGAGAGAGGGAUUUUGCCUUCAGAAUGUCGAUAAGGCCCCUUUGGCUAAGAGAAGAAAAAUGAAAAAGACUAGCACCAGUACCGAGACGCGCAGCAGUUCCAGUGAGAGUUCCCAUUCUUCUUCCUCUCAUUCUCACGGUAAAACUACACCCACCAAGACACUGCAGCCCAGCAAUCCUGCCGACAGCAAUAACCCGGAGACCCUCUUCCAGUUCUCGGACUCAGUAGCUUAGGCAUGGUAGGAGUGUGUCAGUGAUCCAUUGCACCUUUAUUCCCUCAGCAUAUGCCUGAGGUGAUCUUUUAUGCUUUUAAAAAUGUUUCCCGUUGGUCUCGUUGGAAUCUGCCUCCUAAUGAUUUUUUUCAGGAAAACCUGUUUGGUUAUCCUCAUCCAAAAGCACUGGACAGAGAAUGUUACUGUGAAUAGAGCACAUAUUACUUUUUAGCAAGCUAGCAUGAUGCCAACAAGACUAUUCUUGAAAGAGCAAAGGUUCCUGUAAAUUUAACGAGGGCUAGAUUUGAGCUGCUUGCAGAAUAAGUCACAGGUUUUCCAGAUGUCUGCCAACAAGAAAUGACUCAUACUGUGAUGAUACCUUUUGCUUUGCCUUGUGGACAAUGUGGGUUUUUGAAAUUUGCACCCUUCAAACAGUGAUUUAUCAGAGAAAGGGGUCUGUUUUCAAAAAAGAUUCUGUAAUGAAUUUUAUGUAUGGCAUAUACUUAUUUCUUGAGAGAAGAUUUUAACUUAUUGUUUUUAUUUUAUGGUUACAUAUGAUGAUAACCUGCUAUUGUUAAUCUUUUUCUAAAAAGUGGAAAAAAAAAAAAAAGAUAUAAGAACUCAAGGUCCCAUACUCUAUAUUUGGGAUCCAUCUGAGAUGCAUGCUAAGCUAUGUGUAUGUUUUUAAUUUUGCACUGCUCUUUCCUGGCAAUUUGUUUUAAUGGUUAUUGCAGAAUAUUAAGGUACAUGUCUCUCUGUUUUAAGUAAUAUUGCACUUUAUAAAAAAGUAUGAAUAAAGCAAACUAUUUUAUAAAGUGCACUGUUUAAAGCAUUUGCACUGUAUUUUUGCCAUUUAUUUUCAUUUUCUACUUUAAAUUUGUCCUCACAUCCCUCUUCUACUUUGUAUGCAACAAGUAGAAUGGGGCAUGUUGUGUAAUGUAGUCAGCCUCUUAUGCACCAAUGUGAGGAAAACCUAAAGGGAAAUUAUACUAAACACUGUGCUUCAUAUUUGUACACUGUGUUGUACUACAGUGAGGAAUUUCCUCCUGUGGUCAUAUAUUAUGUACAUAAUAUUUUAGAAUCAUACCUAUGACUUGUUUGGAAAUUUUUCUGUUAAAUUUUAAAUCCAGAAAGCAUAUUUUAUAAACUUAUGCAGAGCACUUUUAUUGCUCAAAAGUUCUGAAUUCAUACAGAAAACAAGUACUAUGUGGUGAAAACAUUUCAUUAAAAGAUUGCUGCAUUUAAAAAUACAAUUAAUUCAUUCCCUAUGCAAAAAAAAAAAAAAAAGUGAUAGGAUUUGUAUGUUAUAUUUUCUUUUAAAGCCAUCAUGUGAAAUGUCAGGACUGAGAAAAGUGAUUUUUUUUGCUUUGUUUACAGGAAUCAUGCUUAAAGAGAUAUGCCCAACAUGUUUAUUUUAUAGUUUUUGUUAAUGAUAACCUUUUGAGCAUUAGUUUGGAAUUUGGAUAUGAUAUUUAUUUAUUCCUUUCUUGAGGUUAUAGCAGCAUUAAUUUCAACCAGUUAUGAAUACUAAAAAAUAUUGCACUCUAUGUAAUAGUAGGAUAUUUAUUACUAAAUCAAUGUAUAUAUUAAUAGCACAGGCAAAAAAUGGCAAAUAUUAAAAUAUUUUCAAAAUGUUA